AAUCCUAUUUGUUAGUGAGUGCGUCGGGAGCUCUAUUGCUCGGGGAAUUUGGAAAUUAGUAAAGAUUAGUACAUUCCACCAGGGUCAGAUUUAAAAAGUCGUCCAGCCAGCAGCCAAAACGCCGCGCAAGAGGAGACGUUCCCAAAAAUUCAACAAAGACAGAUUUAAACCAGAAACUGAACAAACGACGACAGAUCAGUCUGACCAAAUCGUUGACAAAUCUGGACAAUUUGAUUCCGGUGGAGAAUUUAAUUUAACAGUUGACGGACGCCGACAGAACGGCGCCCAAUUCAAAUUCAAAACUGGUUGCGAAGAGAAGCUGACGUCGACUUGUCACAAAAUGCCUUCUGCCACUGGAGGAGUUGUCAAUGGACAUCACACCGAACAUAAUGGUACAAAUGGUCAUCACACAAACGGGUAUCACCACGAUGGAUUGGACGAAGAAGUUGUAAUCACAGGGUUGUCUGGUAAAUUCCCAGAAUGUGACAGUGUUGAAGAAUUCCGUCAAGCUUUGUUCGAUGGAGUUGAUUUGGUUACAGAUGAUGAAAGGAGAUGGCCCAAAGGAUUGUAUGGUCUACCAGCACGUAUGGGUAAAUUAGGUGAUAUGUCCAAGUUCGAUUGUUCAUUCUUCGGUGUCCAUGCUAAACAAGCUGAUUGUAUGGAUCCUCAAAUGAGAAUGUUAUUAGAAUUGACCCACGAAGCAAUUGUCGAUGCAGGAGUAAAUCCAGCCACAGUACGUGGAUCACGUACAGGAGUUUUUGUUGGAAUGUCUUCAUCAGAAGCUGAACAAUAUUGGUCACAAGAUCCUGAUCUUAUAAAUGGUUAUGGUCUGACUGGUUGCGCCAAGGCUAUGUUCCCUAAUCGUAUUUCUUACACAUUUGACUUCAGAGGACCUAGUUAUGCAGUAGACACUGCUUGCUCGAGUUCUUUAUUCGCUUUGCACCAGGCUUUGGUGUCUAUGCGAAGAGGUGACUGUGAUGCUGCAGUAGUUUGUGGAGUCAACUUGAAUCUUAAGCCAUCGUUGUCUUUACAGUUCUUGAGACUUAGCAUGUUGAGUGCAGAAGGUAAAUGCAAAGCCUUUGAUGCCACUGGUAGUGGUUAUGUCCGUAGUGAAGCUGCUGUAGUGAUUUACUUGCAAAAAGCUUCAGUUGCUAAAAGAUCCUAUGCUACUCUGGUCAACGCCAGGACUAACACUGAUGGUUUCAAAGACACCGGUAUCACAUUCCCUUCAGGAGCCAUGCAAAAUAGAUUAAUCAGAGAGACUUACAAAGAAUGUGGUGUACGUGCUAGUGAUGUUGUAUAUGUAGAAGCCCAUGGUACAGGAACUAAGGCUGGUGACCCACAAGAAGUCAACUCUAUUGCUGAUUUCUUCUGCCCUGCCGAAAGAAAGACUCCACUUUUAAUUGGAUCCGUAAAAUCCAACAUGGGACACAGUGAACCUGCUUCUGGUCUCUGUUCUAUUGCCAAAGUCCUCAUUGCCAUGGAAGCUGGAGUAAUUCCUGCAAAUUUGCAUUUCAAUGAACCCAAUCCUGAUCUGCCUGGAUUGUUUGAUGGUCGAUUAAAGGUUGUAGAUAAAAAUACUCCAUGGACUGGUGGAUAUGUAGGUGUCAACUCAUUUGGUUUUGGAGGAGCAAACGCUCAUGUUAUUCUCAAAUCAAAUCCAAAAACCAAACAAAUGGCUUUGAAGAACGGAGCACUUGUUGCUGUAUCUGGAAGAACCCGUGAAGCAGUUGAAACCCUUUUACACGAAGUACAAACUCAUCCUGAAGAUUUGGAACUGUCAGCACUGUUACACGAAGUGCAUUCUACAAAUAUCCCUGGACACGCUCAUAGAGGAUUUGUAGUGCUUCCAACCGAACAAGGAGCUGAACCAUUCAUUGAAAUCCAGGAAUUAGAAAGUAACGAAAAGCGUCCAAUUUGGUACGUUUUCUCCGGUAUGGGUUCUCAAUGGCCAGGAAUGGCAGCUGCUUUAAUGAAAUUGGAACCAUUCAGAAAUGGAAUUCAAAAGUGUGCAGAUGCACUCAAACCUUACGGAGUUGAUUUGCUUGAUGUUAUCACCACUACCGAUGAAAGCAAAUUUGAAAACGUUCUCAACUCAUUUGUGUCAAUUGCUGCUGUACAAGUGGCUCUUGUUGAUGUCUUGAAAACUGUUGGAGUUGAACCUGAUGGUAUCGUAGGACACUCUGUAGGAGAAUUAGGUUGUGCUUAUGCUGAUGGUACAUUUACACGUGAACAAACUGUUUUGGCGGCCUACUGGCGUGGUCGUGCUAUUUUAGAGUCCAAGUUACCCCCUGGAGCCAUGGCUGCCGUUGGCUUGACCUGGGAAGAGUGUCGCAAGAAAUGUCCUCAGGACAUUGUACCUGCUUGCCAUAAUGCUGAAGACUCCGUGACAAUUUCUGGACCAGUUGAUUCUAUUGCCAAAUUCGUCCAACAACUAACAGACGAAGGUGUAUUCGCUAAAGGUGUUAAAAGUUCUGGUGUAGCUUUCCAUUCCAAAUACAUCCAAGCAGCAGGUCCCAUGCUUAAACAAAGCUUAGACAAAAUUUUGACUGACCCUAAACCCAGAAGUUCACGCUGGUUGAGUUCCAGUAUUCCUGAGGAACGAUGGAACACACCAUUAGCUAAGAUGAGUUCUGCUGACUAUCAUGUCAACAACCUUCUGUCGCCUGUGUUGUUCCAUGAAGCAGUCUCUCACGUACCAGAGAAUGCUAUUGUUAUAGAAAUUGCUCCUCAUGCCUUAUUGCAAGCUAUUUUGAAGAGAUCUUUAGCCAAAUCAGUCACAAAUGUUGGCAUGAUGAAGAGAGGACAUCAAGAUAAUUGCUCGCAUGUUUUACAGAGCUUGGGAAAAUUAUAUGCAGCUGGUGGACAGCCUUUAUUGGCUAAUCUUUACCCCAAAGUUAAAUAUCCAGUCAGUCAAGGUACUCCUAUGCUAGCUUCGAAAGUAAAAUGGGAUCACAGUACUGAAUGGACAGUGCCCUAUUUUGGUGGAAAAGGACAAUCAGGUGAAAAUGUUAUCGAUGUCAACCUGAGCAAAGAAGAAGACCAGUACAUCUUUGGACAUAAUAUUGAUGGAAGAGUUUUAUUCCCAGCCACUGGUUAUAUGACUCUAGUAUGGAAGACUUUUGCCAAACUCCGCAACGAGUCCUUGGAACAAUGUCCAGUCAUCCUAGAAGAGGUCCAAUUUCACAGAGCCACCAUUGUGCCAAAAGAAGGUUCCAUUAAAUUCUUGGUGAACAUUUUUGAAGCCUCCGGCGAAUUCGAAAUUAGUGAAGGAGGUUCUUUGGCAGUCUCUGGAAAAAUCAGAGCACCUGAAAAUGUGGAAAAGGAACAAGUGAACUGGUUGAAGGAACCAGAAAAGCCAACUGGUGUCAGAGAUUUAACUACUCAAGACGUUUAUAAGGAACUUAGACUUCGUGGAUAUGAUUACGAUGGCCUAUUCAGAGGUAUUAAGAGUGCCGAUGGUAAAGCCAAAUCUGGUCUUUUGGAAUGGUCCGAUAACUGGGUCAGUUUCAUGGACACUAUGCUCCAGUUCAGUAUUUUGGGCAAGGAUGUCAGGGAAUUGUACUUGCCCACAAGAUUACAAAGAGCUGUUAUCGAUCCCAAGAAACAUUUGGAAUUUGUCGAGAAAUAUGGAGAGAAUGGUAUCCCAGUAUACAUGUACAACGAAGAAAAUAUCCUCAAGAGCGGCGGUGUCGAGAUGCGCGGUUUAAAAGCCUCUUUGGCCCCUCGCAGACAGCAAGCUCAAAAUCCACCAAAACUAGAAAGAUACUUAUUUGUUCCUUACGAAAACAAGAGUUCUCUAGCUGAAAAUGAAGACAAGUCCAGAUUGCAAGCGCUCACUGUAAAUUCCCAACUCGUAUUGGAGAACAGCAAGAAUGCCAUUAAGUUGAAAUUGGUUGAAGCAGCUUUGGACAAAUCUGUCGAAGGAUUAUUGACACAGGAUGUGCAGAAUAUUUUGGAAUCAGAACCAUUGUUGACUGUUGAAGCUAUCGUGGCUGUUAAACAGAACGUUGAAGCAUUUACCAGUGUUUUGGAACCCUUGGGUGUUAAGACUGUCGAAAAGGAUGCUACAACAGGCACACUUGGAGAAAAUGCCCAUCUAGCUCUUGGCAGUGGCGUACUUACCCAUUCGUCCGCCAAAAAUGUUCUUCGCAACCUCUACGACUCCUUGAAACCUGAAGGAUUCGUCCUUCUUGAAGAAACAGCUGUCAAUUUCGAAAAACCAGAAUGCAGACAAGUUUAUGAAAGUUUAGGUUUAGAACUGGUUUCUGUCCAAAGGACCACCAAUAGAGUUUACGCUCUAUUGAGGAAACCUUUGCUUGAAUUGCCAAAGAACUUUGUAGUCAUCAACGUGUCUGAAAAUCAUUUUGAUUAUGUCGAGCCCUUGAAGGAAGCUUUGGCUAAGAGCGAGGCUGAAGGUUUGACUGUGUACGUUGUAUGCCACGGUGAAGAAACCACUGGAAUGGUUGGAAUGAUGAAUUGUAUUAGACAAGAAGCCGGUGGCAAAAAUGUAAGAUGUUACUUCAUACAAGACCCAUCAUUGGAAAAGUUCUCAGUGACUUCAAACGCUUACAAGAAUCAACUUCGUAAAGAUUUAGUAAUGAAUGUUUACAAGACCAAGCAAUGGGGUUGCAUGAGACAUUUGAAAUUGGACUCAAGACCAGACGAAGCAUCUUUGCAAGUGGAACAUGCUUAUAUCAAUGCUGUUACGAAGGGAGAUUUGGCCAGUUUGAGAUGGAUAGAAGGACCACUUUCUUACUACAAGCAUGAUACUCAGUCCGGUUUGGAUUUGUGUACUGUAUACUAUGCUCCAAUCAAUUUCCGUGAUGUUAUGUUGUGCAGUGGCAAGUUGCCCCCAGAUGCGCUUCCAGGAGACUUGGCUGGACAGGAAUGUGUCUUGGGUCUUGAGUUCUCCGGAAGAGACUCACGAGGCAACCGUGUUAUGGCUAUGGUGCCUGCUAAAAGUUUGGCAACUACCUGUUUAGCACAAAAGGCUCUUAUGUGGGACAUUCCUGAUAACUGGACCAUGGAAGAAGCCUCCACAAUCCCCUGCGUAUACUCAACAGUUUAUUACGCCCUGGUGAUGCGUGGACGCAUGAAAUCUGGUGACAAAGUUCUAGUUCACGCCGGAUCCGGUGGUGUUGGCCAAUCUGCAAUCUCAGUAGCCCUACACGCUGGUUGUGAAGUCUUCACAACUGUUGGAUCACCCGAGAAACGCCAGUUCUUGCUGAAGAGAUUCCCUGGAUUGAGGGAUGACCACAUCGGCAACUCCAGAGACACCAGUUUUGAACAAAUGGUCAUGAAACAAACACAAGGAAAAGGUGUGGAUAUUGUAUUGAACUCAUUGGCUGAAGAAAAAUUGCAAGCAUCAGUGAGAUGUUUAGCUAUCAAUGGAAGGUUUUUGGAAAUUGGAAAAUACGAUUUGUCCAACAAUAACCCAUUAGGUAUGUCUGUGUUCUUGCGCAAUGUUACUUUCCAUGGUAUUUUGCUCGAUUCUAUUAUGGAAGGUGAUUUGGAGACAUGCCAAGAAGUUACCAGAUUGGUCACAGAAGGUAUCAAGAGUGGUGCAGUCAGACCUUUGCCGACAAGUGUGUUCUCAGAGACACAAGCUGAACAAGCCUUCAGGUUUAUGGCUUCUGGAAAACACAUUGGUAAAGUUGUAUUGAAGAUCAGAGACGAAGAAAAAGCAAAAGUCAGCAAACCACCCAUGAAACUCAUAAACGCUAUACCAAGAACAUACAUGCACCCAGACAAAACCUAUGUUUUAGUCGGUGGUCUUGGAGGUUUUGGUUUAGAAUUGGCCCAUUGGCUUGUAACUCGUGGUGCCAAACGUUUAGUAUUAACAUCUAGAAGUGGAAUCCGUUCUGGAUACCAAGAAUUGGCUGUCAGAAGGUGGAUGGACAAGGGUGUUAAAGUUCUGGUGUCCACUACUGAUGUCACCGAACCCAAUGGUGCUGAAAAAUUGAUGACUGAAGCAAACAGUCUAGGACCAGUUGGUGCAGUUUAUAAUUUAGCAGCAGUAUUGAGAGAUCAGACUAUGGACAAUCAAUCAGAGGCUGACUUUAAGGCUGUUUGCAAACCUAAGGUUACCGGUACCAAGAAUUUAGAUAAAGCAACCAGAGCAUUGUGUCCACUGUUGGACCACUUUGUCGUGUUCUCCAGUGUCAGUUGUGGAAGAGGUAAUGUUGGUCAGGUCAACUACGGUUUAGCAAACUCUGCAAUGGAAAGGAUCUGUGAAGCCAGACAAGCAGCCGGUUUACCAGGUACUGCAAUUCAAUGGGGCGCUAUCGGUGACGCCGGUCUAGUCAUAGAAUCAAUGGGAGGUGGUAACGAAACCAAUGUAGGAGGUACCUUGCCACAAAGAAUGAGGUCCUGUUUGGAAGCCCUGGAUGUUCUUUUGCAACAACCUCACCCUGUCUUGGCCUCCAUGGUAUUAGCUGAUAAGAGGAAAGCAGACGCUGGUGCUGGUGCAGGAGGUGUUAGUUUAGUUGAUGCAGUUGCAAAUAUAUUAGGUCUUAAGGACACCAAAAAUACACAGGCCUCUGCUACCCUCUCUGAUCUUGGUAUGGACUCGCUGAUGGGAGCUGAAAUUAAACAAACUUUAGAAAGAAAUUACGACUUAGUACUGAAUGCCCAAGAAAUCAGAUCACUCACCUUUGGUAAACUGAAAGAAUUAGGUGCAGGUGGUGGCGAUACUUCUGCAACGACCAAUGGUGCAGUCACCAGCGAAGACAAACAAGUCAGCUUUGCCAGUAACGAACUCAUGCCAGAAAAAGUAUUGUUGAGGUUGACAUCAAAGGAUGACAAGAGUGAUAAGAAACCUUUGUUCUUAGUUCAUGCGAUUGAAGGAGUUGUAGCACCCUUAGAACCCUUAGCUUCCAGAUUGAACAGGCCUGUGUACGGUCUUCAAUGUACACAAGAAGCUCCUUUAGAUUCUAUCCAAGAUUUAGCUAAAUUUUAUGUAACCAAACUGAAAGAAGUACAAAAAGAUGGACCUUACGCUUUGUGUGGAUACUCAUUUGGUGCCUGCGUGGCUUUCGAAAUGGCCCUACAACUUGAAAAGGAGAAACAAAAAGUAUCCCUAGUUUUAUUGGAUGGAUCACCCACUUACGUAAGUUCAUACACUGGUGCCUAUAAAGCCAGACAAGGACCCACAGGAGCCGCCAGUGAUGAAGCUCACGCCUUAGCAUACUUCUCUCUAGUCUUUAGCAAUUUGGAUUACGUUAAAACUGCUCAAGAAUUAGAAACCCUUCCUAGUUGGGAGGAACGUUUAGCAAGAUGUACAAGUCUGUUGGCCAGUCGCACUGGAUUUGCUGAAAAACAAUUAGCUCAAGCAGCCACUUCAUUCUAUAAGAAGUUGAGGGCUGCCGAUGCUUAUAAAACACAAUGCAAAGUUGAAGGCAGUGUCACGUUAGUUAGAGCCAGUGAGAACUAUGCAAAGAUUAGUGAUGAUUACGGAUUGCAAUCGUUAUGUAAGAGCACAGUGUCAAUACACACAGCUACAGGUGAUCAUAGAACAAUCCUUUCUGGAGAAUCUGUCGAUAAAAUUGCGAAUAUAGUACAAGCUGUGUAGAAGUACAUUUUAUAUAAGAGUCUAUAUAGCACAAACUUAUUUUUUGUAAAUAUAUCUACAAGGCACCUAAUGAACACUAAGAAAACACUAAUGUUAUAAAUCUAAGUAAGUAUUUCUAAAUAAUUAUAUUUUAUCAAGAUUAUUAGCAUACGUUUAAACAUAACAAAAAAAAAGCUGAAAUCUUUGAAAAGUAAUCACCAAAUAUUAUUUAGUUAUACUAUUUGCAUUCCGUAUGCAUUUAAUCUUUUGUAAAUAUAUAAUUUUUGGGACCUUAGAGAAAUUACUCACAGAAAUUUAGUUUUUGAUAUUAUUUUUUUAUUUUUAUACACUUCUGUUUUACAAUGAUAUGAAUUUGUUAGAU